AUGAUGAACGACCCUGAUCAUCCCCAAUGGAAAUCUGAAGAUAUAGAGAGGAAAGUACAAUCGUAUCUAGGCCUUAAAUACGAUUCUUUCAGAGGAACUGUUCAAGAAGUCGAGGGAAUAAUUGAUAAACUGGAAGCAAAGCUCUCUCUCUUUUCUAAGCCUGGAGCAACAGCAACUCCGUCGAAAAAGGUCCGGGAUGCCUUCCGACUCGUGUUCAAGAAAGAGGACUACUACGAACUUCUUGGAGAUCUGAAAGUUUAUAAUGCAGAAUUGAGAAGACUCCGAAAAAUAGCUGCCGAGAUACAAGGUCCUACAAAGACGGUUCGUCUUACAAUGCCAUCUGUGUAUGAGAAUACUCGAAACAUGUGUUCGCAUCUCUAUCAUCUAUUACAAAGCUGGUCAUCUUGCGGUGAGAGCGUCAACGCUUGUCAUAGUGCCAAGCUAUUCCUUAACCCUGCAGAUGAGGCAGAGCCUAAUGUGAAUAUAUUCUUCGAGCACGAUGGGGGAACAAAGAUUUCCCUCCGAAGGAUACCUAUCCAUGCGACCUGUAGGGACUCGGGGUGCGUCAGCAUUAUUUCGCCAUGCGCUACAAACCCAAUGGCAGGAAUCAUUUUGAAAAAGAGGCGAGUUCCCAAGAAAAAUGACGAUCGGAAUUCGAUUGUAACAAAAUCGACCAUUGGAUACGCCAGUGUACUCAACGGCGAGGGCGAAGAUUUGGCUCAAAUAAGGAUUAAGUGCGAAACCCUACAUUUGAAUUGGCGGCUUACUUGUCCAUCAUCUCCACAAGGCUCUCUUGGAUAUUUAAACAUCGAGGGUAACCAAAGGCUUGUCCUCUACCCGGGCCUACGGCAACUGAGAGCGGAUCCCAACAGCCUCGAGUCACAGAAAACAUUAUUCGAUUUUCUUGAUACCACUACCUAUCAAAUUAUAUCGGACAAAGACCGUAUUCAACUCGGAAUUACGCUGGUGAAAUCGAUGCUGAAAUAUCACUCGACGCUGUGGUGGCCUCAGGGGUUGACACUCGACCAAGUAUACGUCUUCUGUAACGAAACCGAAGAUUUAUCCUCAUCUCUUGAUACAGUACACCUUUCUACGGAGUUUAAAGCGACCCCAUCUACAGCAGGAGAUACCAGAGUAGAUCUUACGCUGCAGGGUGAGCAGAACUACACAUCGAACUCUUUACCAUUAGAGUUAGUCCAAGAGGCCAUGGAGAACUAUGGUAUAAGAAAUAUCACCUUAUACGCUUUGGGAGUAGUUCUUCUUCAAAUUGGGCUUUGGGAGCGCAUCGCAUGGGAAGAUCAUGUGCAGGUUCGCAGGAAAGCAGCAAGGCUUUCCUAUCUUGGGAAGAGAUUUAGAAAUGCGACCAAGAGACUGAUCGACUGCGACUUCGGCUUAGCCACUGAGCAGUUGGAGGACCCAGGGCUGCAGGGCGCUAUCUUCAGCGGUGUUGUGGGCGACCUGGAAUCGUUAUAUCGCGACUUGACUAGCUCAAGUCGACCAGGGACAAAUCCAUCACCAUUGCCGAAGGAUCUGGGGAGCUCGCAAUACCGAUUUGAGGAUGGUCUUGAUAAACUUGUCUAUUCAUCAAACUUCAUCGAAGUCACUGGCUCUGAUUUUGACGUGACGGAGAAGUUGCGUCGUGCCAUUUUCCGAGGUGAGCAGGUUCAGGCGAAGUCGAACCAAACAGCCCAGAAUACGAACAAGCAAGAACUGCGUUGGUUAGGUUGGAGCGAUCAAGCUCCUUUCGGGACGUCAUACAGGGUCGGCAAAUCAUCAAUCAUGCCAAUGCACUAA